UUUUUCACUUGAAAAAUUAAUCAUUAAAAACUCUAAUAAAAAUUACAAUCAACUUCCGAGUUGUAUCGAAGAAUGUUACAAUAUGAAUAAGCUAAGAGAGUUGGAUCUAUCAGAUAAUUCAUUUGGAAAUUCAUCGGUACUUGGUUUAUUGCGAACCAUUUCAAAGUUCAAAGAUAACGUUUUAUCAAAGAUCUAUCUUCAGAAUAGCGAAUUGAAUGAGGAAUUUUUGUGCGAAUUUCGUCAAAUUAUUAAUCGACUAUCUCAUCUGUCAGUUUUGGAUAUUUCCUAUAAUACAUUUGGUGAUGAAGCUAUUAAGCAUUUUAUCGAAUCAUUCCAUCAAAAGUCAAUGAUACUUCAAUUAGAAGAGCUCUACAUUUAUCAGUGUAAAAUAUCCGUUGAUUGCCUAAGACCAAUGAUUUUAUACUUACUAACUAUUCCAUCGUUAAGAGUGCUCAAUUCGAAAAAAUCAACAUCAGAUAUUGAAUGGUUCAAUAGAUUAGAGCAGUACGAAUGUUUUAAAGCCGUAGACGAUAUUGACGAGGAAGUUUUUAAUUUGUAUAAACUUCGAAAAAUACAGUCUGAAUUGAAAGUAAUCAUACAAGACAAAUUCCUAAAGAUUACGAAAACAGUUAAAGUAUGCUAUCUAAAUAAAUUCAUUCAAGUUUUAGCGGAAGGUAACUUUCCAAUACAAGAUGUAAGAAUACACAAUAAUCUUUUAACUGACCAACUAAUAAACAAUCUACAAAAGUUAGAUUUUAAUGAAAGAGAAUCAAACAUAUUUGAACUUUCUAAGGUAUUCAUUAAAGAAAAUAAAGAAAUUGAUGAAAUAUUUAAAAAGAUGCCCGAACUAGGAAGGAUAAGAUUUUCUAGACAGAAUUUUUCACCAAACAUCUGGAAGAAUAUCUUCAAUUCUAUUUCUGAGAAUUGUCAUAAUUUACGUAAAGUGAUAGUUGUUGAAUGUAAUACUGGUAUUGAAAUUUCUACCACUAUGUCAAAGCUUUUAUUGAAUAAUCAACUCGUAAUAGUAAUCGACUUUAGAGGAGUUUUCGUAGAAAGAUCAAUUUUAGAGGCGUUAGAAAAUUGUAACCGAAUAAGGGAAUUAUACCUCUGGAAUUGUUCAAUAUCUUCAAAUAAUGCAUAUUUUCUUGGAAAAGCGCUUAAUAAUAAACACAACCUUUCAAUUCUUGAUGUGGGAAGAAACGAUUUAGAGGUCAAAGGUGGAGAAUAUCUGUUAGCAGCAAUAAGGAAAAGUUGUCAUUCUAUUACUCGUAUUAGUUUAAGAAAAUGUGGUUUUAAUUCUAAAAUUAUUGAUUAUAUCGGUGAAACGAUUGCAGUUUUAAAGCAUUUAGAAGUGUUAGAUAUCAGCGAAAACGAUUUUGGAGGAAAGUUUACCACUGCUAUUCUUUCUAAAAGAAUUUUUAACAAUAAUACCAAUAUACAAAAGCUUUAUCUAAGCGAUUAAGACAAUGAAUUUGGAUCAAUUCUAUCAUCUUUUAUAGGAUAUCAGAAAUAUUUGAAGGUCAUUCAAUAGAAGAUUUGGAUUUCAAUUUCUCUUGUAACUAAUUUGGUGAGAGAUUAGUGAAUAGUUUAAUGGAAAAGCGUUCAAAGAAUAACCUUAGAGUCGUUUUUAAUAUCAAAAAGUGACGCUACAGAAGGCUUUUUAUUACAGUUUCUAUUUACUAUAAAUAAAGUCUAAAACAAUGUAAUUUAGUUUU